GUAACAAUAUAAAACAAUACACACACCCAAACACAACAACGCAAACGUAUGGACUUCUGUGUUGACUGUUGGAUCGCCACCAAUUUUGUUACACCGUGAACGAACUUCCAGACCCCGAGCGUACGUGUUUAUCGCCUUUAAAUGGUGGAUUGGAGGGCUGUACACGGCCAAUUACCUCUACCGAACAUCAACAAGCGAUAAGGAUUUCAUUCCGUUAAUUAUAUUUCAAUUUCUACGGCCAAAACUUAUCUGUGGUGAUUAUGAUGUAUUACGGUCACUGAACCGCUAUGUACACAGAUCUAGACAAUGCGCAGUGAUUAAGUGUGUGGAAAGGCUAUGCAUACCGUGUACGUGCAUCGCCCGCUCACACAUAACCAGCAUCAUGUGGACUGAUCUCGUCUUCACUCUUGUUUUCCCUGUUCUCUUCAUCCAGGACGUGGCUGUUGCCCAGGACAACAGCUGUUACCGCCUGGAUGGCAACGCAAUGAACAUGGUUGUCUUCGACAACAACGAGGACAUAUCUGUCAGGUUCCGGUACAGGCUGAAGUUUAACACGCUCAAGGCGGAUGAGUUGCUCUACUAUGUGGAGGGAAACUACACGGAACACAAACCACACGACUACGAGAGCUUAUUCAUUCAAAAUGGUACUCUCCAUUUCUUCGCCUUUAACCCCGCCCCUUACGGAGCAGGGCAGUCAUUCGGCAGUCACGUACAGACAGAUUUCCCCGUCAACACUGGAACCUGGGUUCAGGUUGAUUUUUUCCGGAACUACAAUCGUCAAAUAGAAGUACACGGAGAGGAAGUGAACCAGACCGUGACGGGAAUGAACGUGGACGGAACCGACUUUGUAGUGACGGGGACGAGAACGAGGAUGGAUCUAAACAAGUACCUUUGGCUCGGAGGCCACCCCGAUAUAAAAAGACUGAGCUCCACUUUGACAACGUUUGACGGGGAAAUCAAAGACUUUUACGAUAUGGAAAGGAACACAAAAUUUGACCGUCCUAAGCAAAGUUCGAUUUUUGACCGUAAUGCUAUCUGUAUUGAUAUAUAACAAACUUAUACAUGGUAUAUUUCGCUCCCUAAGAUCACCCAUUUCAUAUUGCAUUGUACAGCGUUUCUGAAGCUGUAGUUUUUGCUCUGAUUAUUAUGAUGUUAGUUUUGCAAAAAAGAACCAAAAAACAUAGUGCGACCUUGAAACCACAUUAAAAAUCAAUUUCAGGGAUUGUAGCAUUCAUUUAUGGUCAAAAAAGUUAUCUAAGCACGUACGACCAUCCCUGGAUAAUGACCUAACGCCUUAUCGCAGCUAGAUUUGUGAUAGUAUAUUUAGGGGAAUGCACGGUGUCUUGGAAAGGACAAAUACAAUUACGGCUUAAAAACGCAAUAUUAUUGCGCGCGAUCAAAUUUCUAUUGCACGGGUACGCAUUACUAUUGCGCAGAAACCGCGGAUUACCAUCUUGCUAAUCUUUCUAUAAUAUCAUUCAAGAACGUAUAGAAUUUGAAAGAUAAAAACAUUAAUGACUAUCUCUUUCUUUACAUUAAUUGUUUAUCUCUUCCUGCUGUAACCAACUGUUUGUCUGCUCACAGGCAUUUGUAGAUGUAUAUUAAUGAUUAAAAAUAAAAUAUAAACAAAGAUUAAGAAUAAAAAAUAAACAAAGAUUAAGAAUAAAAAGAAAACAUCUCUGUAAAGGUCUUUAUAAAGUAUUAAUUAUGACAUUUACUAAUAUAUUUUUUUUUAUUAUUCUGUAUAAAACUAGAAAUGCUUGUCAUCCUUUCUAUCAGAAUUUACUGCAGCCAUUUAAUAGGUUGCCAGAGACGUCCGUUUAUCAUUUGUUUUAAAUCUACAAAUGUGCGUCAUGUCCACGGACUAAUCACUUUAUUAACCAUUAUCCUCCAGUAAAACUGUAUUAUUAAUGGCAAUAUUUUUGUUUGUUUGUUUGUUUUUUUUUCAAUUGUGAGGCCAUGCGCUCCAGCAAUAUGUUUUAUUUUCGUUCAAUAAUAUUUCGCUCGAACGUAAUAAUUUAGUGUUUAUCGUGUCCUUUGCCAGCCAUCGUUGGAAUGGGACAAUCGAUUAACCACGUGAUCGAUAGGAUAGAUACACGUGUACGUUAUAUUCAGUAUACAAUGUAUACAAUAUGUACCGUAUAUUAAUGCUAUAGGUUUUGGUAUAAUCCAUCUGUAAAAAAAAUGAUAAAAAAAAUAAAUAAAAACUAAUUAAUUUGAUUGAUCACGUCACUGUCUAUGCAAAGUAAGUCGUUCUGUUUAACCCUGAACUUUUCUUACUUUUGACAUUACCAGUACAUGUACGGUUACACCCCCGCAUUUAAUACCCUCAGCUGUACAAGACUUAGUUUUGUUUACUGAUAUCACAUAGUGUAGUAACACAUACCUUUCCUAACAGAUCAAAGGGAAGACACCUGUGGUUUGUGUGAGAGAGAUACAGUUAAAAUAGAUAUCUGAUUAUAUAGCUGAUAUAUUACAUUUAUGUAGUUAUUGCCGAUACCAGCUGCAUGACAAUGUAUGUACUUCUGUGUUUGAUGGAUAUAACUGUGUAGGUCUUACGUAAGUAUAUACAUGUAUCAUAUGUUAAUCAUCUCAUUUGUCAGCUUCAGCAGCACGCUAACAAUCCGCCUUGAAAUACCGCGUAACCAGGCAACAAUUUUGUAAUAAUGAUCCUCGCCUUUGCCUACCGUGGUUUGUUUAAACAAAUACAUGUACCAUAGAGUAUAUAUAAGUAUUAAGGUAAUACUUUAAUAUAAGUAACAUUUGUUAUAAGGGCCCAUCUAGAUAACAAUUUGUUAUAAGUGUCGUCCCCAUAGAGUAUCUAGGUUACAGUUUGUUAUAAGGGGCGUCCCCAUAGAGUAUCUAGGUUACAGUUUGUUAUAAGGGUCGUCCCCAUAGCGUAUCUAGGUUACAGUUUGUUAUAAGGGGCGUCCCCAUAGAGUAUCUAGGUUACAGUUUGUUAUAAGGGUCGUCCCCAUAGAGUAUCUAGGUUACAGUUUGUUAUAAGGGUCGUCCCCAUAGCGUAUCUAGGUUACAGUUUGUUAUAAGGGGCGUCCCCAUAGAGUAUCUAGGUUACAGUUUGUUAUAAGGGGCGUCACCAUAGAGUAUCUAGCUAUAGGUUACAGUUUGUUAUAAGGGGCGUCCCCAUAGAGUAUCUAGGUUACAGUUUGUUAUAAGGGGCGUCCCCAUAGAGUAUCUAGGUUACAGUUUGUUAUAGGGGGCGUCCCCAUAGAGUAUCUAGGUUACAGUUUGUUAUAAGGGGCGUCCCCAUAGAGUAUCUAGGUAACAGUUUGUUAAAAGGGUCGUCCCCAUAGAGUAUCUAGGUUACUGUUUGUUAUAAGGGGCGUCCCCAUAGCGUAUCUAGGUUACAGUUUGUUAUAAGGGGCGUCCCCAUAGAGUAUCUAGGUUACAGUUUGUUAUAAGGGGCGUCCCCAUAGAGUAUCUAGGUUACAGUUUGUUAUAAGGGGCGUCCCCAUAGAGUAUCUAGGUUACAGUUUGUUAUAAGGGGCGUCCCCAUAGCGUAUCUAGGUAACAGUUUGUUAAAAGGGUCGUCCCCAUAGAGUAUCUAGGUUACUGUUUGUUAUAAGGGGCGUCCCCAUAGCGUAUCUAGGUUACAGUUUGUUAUAAGGUGCGUCCCCAUAGAGUAUCUAGGUUACAGUUUAUUAUAAGCGGCGUCCCCAUAGAGUAUCUAGGUUACAGUUUGUUAUAAUGGGCGUCCCUAUAGAGCAUCUAGGUUACAGUUGGUUAUAAGGGUCGUCCCCAUAGAGUAUCUAGGUUACAGUUGGUUAUAAGGGGCGUCCCCAUAGAGUAUCUAGGUUACAGUGUGUUAUAAGAGGCGUCCCCAUAGCGUAUCUAGGUUACAGUUUGUUAUAAGGGGCGUCCCCAUAGAGUAUCUAGCUAUAGGUUACAGUUUGUUACAAGGGACGUCCCCAUAGAGUAUCUAGGUAACAGUUUGUUAUAAGGGGCGUCCCCAUAGAGUAUCUAGUUUACAGUUUGUUAUAAUGGGCAUCCCCAUAGAGUAUCUAGGUUACAGUUGGUUAUAAGGGGCGUCCCCAUAGAGUAUCUAGGUUACAGUUUGUUAUAAGGGGCGUCCCCAUAGAGUAUCUAUAUAACAGUUGGUUAUAAGGGGUGUCCCCAUAGCGUAUCUAGGUAACAGUUUGUUAUAAGAGGCGUCCCCAUAGAGUAUCUAUGUUACAGUUUGUUAUAAGGGGCGUCCCCAUAUAGUAUCUAUGUUACAGUUGGUUAUAAGGGGCGUCCCCAUAGAGUAUCUAGGUUACAGUUUGUUAUAAGGGGCGUCCCCAUAGAGUAUCUAUAUAACAGUUGGUUAUAAGGGGUGUCCCCAUAGCGUAUCUAGGUAACAGUUUGUUAUAAGAGGCGUCCCCAUAGAGUAUCUAGUUUACAGUUUGUUAUAAGGGGCGUCCCCAUAUAGUAUCUAUGUUACAGUUUGUUAUAAGGGGCGUCCCCAUAGAGUAUCUAGAUUACAGUUGGUUAUAAGAGGCGUCCCCAUAUAGUAUCUAGUUUACAGUUUGUUAUAAUGGGCAUCCCCAUAGAGUAUCUAGUUUACAGUUUGGUAUAUGGGACGUCCCCAUAGAGUAUCUAGGUUACAGUUUGUUAUAAGGGGCGUCCCCAUAGAGUAUCUAGGUUACAGUUUGUUAUAAGAGGCGUCCCCAUAGCGUAUCUAGGUUACAGUUUGUUAUAAGGGUCGUCCUCACAGCGUAUCUAGGUUACAGUUGGUUAUAAGGGACGUCCCCAUAGAGUAUCUAGUUUACAGUUUGUUAUAAGGGGCGUCCCCAUAGAGUAUCUAGUUUACAGUUUGUUAUAAGAGGCGUCCCCAUAUAGUAUCUAGUUUACAGUUUGUUAUAAGGGUCGUCCCCACAGCGUAUCUAGGUUACAGUUUGUUAUAAGAGGCGUCCCCAUAGCGUAUCUAGGUUACAGUUUGUUAUAAGGGGCGUCCCCAUAGAGUAUCUAGCUAUAGAUACAGUUUGAUGUAAGGACCCUCCUCGGAAUAGUCUAUAGUUAACUGUUAGACCCAACCCCAUACCUGUAACAAAUCCCUGAGUUUCCUUGAUAUCCAUAGACUCUAGGAAACAGUGGUGAAUUUUAUACUGGUCUUCUACGGCGUCUCAAUAUAUUUUAUGAUGUCCUCAACAGAGUUUGAUAACCUGUUGAAUAUUUUUGUAUAUGUUUUUUACUUGUCUCUUGAAAACAAUAUAUUAUAAAUAAGAUAUCAUAUAUAACACGCUUUACACAUGUAUACCAUAAUACGGUGAAAGUUACUUUGAAAUAAAUGUUAUUAACAAAUAUUUGUUAUGCUA